UCACUCCUGUCAUCAGCUUCGGGAACGUAAAACUGCUACGGCACAACACAAGCCUCCUAUCGCUUGUAGUUGUUUAUAGGCUACUCCGGUUUUUGUCGGGACGGUCUUUGGUGGCGUGCGCGACACUGGUGGGGCAAGUUGCGGUGAAGUGAGAUACUGUUGAGUAGAGUGGAAUCUAUUAAUGAUCGCUGAUCUUUUAAAUUCAACGCUGGGUGCUGCAGGAUACAGUGGCUACUUGGGAACUCAGAAGGACAGCGUCUGUUUCUCCAAUGUGAAAAUGGGAUGUACAGCGACAUGGUUUUUUAACCCGAGAGGUUUUGAAGCGUUUUGUCCUCUUAAAAAACUAUGUAUUUGUGCCGCUUUGUUGGGCACAGUUCUACUACGAGUUAACGCGGAGAACUGUCCAUGGUCCUGCUCUUGUAUCAACAGCACGGCGACGGUGUCCUGCCUAGAUUCUCAAGAGACCGAGAUACCUGGGGACAUACCACCGUGGGUUAACGUUUUAAUUCUUAGGGGCAACAAUGUCUCCACGUUACCUGAAUUCGCGUUUACCUCCAAUGGGACCGAACUGGAGCUAGUCACUUUGCUUAUGUCUCAUAACAACAUUCAAACAAUUGAACCCUAUGCAUUUUGGGGACUUCCUCGCCUUCAGCUGUUGGAUUUAAGUCAUAACCGACUCGUUGCUAUAUCCGAAAUGGCUUUCUAUGGGUUGGAAGGGCUGCGGUAUCUGCACCUGAAUGACACCCUCACAGCUUUUGGCGCAAGACAGUUGUCCAGCGCGCUGUCCACUGAAAGUCUCCGCAACCUCCACACGCUGGAGUUGUCAGGGAACAGACUGAAAACUGUUCCCUUGGCAAGACUUGAUACACUUGAUUUACACGCUCUCGUGUUGACUAACAAUUUCAUUGAGGUAAUAGGUAAAGAGAACGUCACAAAUUUUAACGAGUUCGGGAACCUUAACGUAUUCCUGGCUCAGAAUCCGUUUAGAUGCACCUGUGACAUCGAGGCGUUUUACCACUGGCUAAAAAACUCGUCUCAGUGCCCAGACUCGCACCGCCUGCUGUGCGCUCAGCCGGACGGGAAAAGGGGGAUCCCGGUGGAGAAACUUCACCGCGAGGACGUGGAUUGUCGAAGCGCGGAGUUAGAGGCAGUUUCCUAUGUCUUUCUAGGCAUAGUUCUUGCUCUGAUUGGAGUGGUGUUCUUGAUGGUGUUGUAUUUAAACAGAAAGGGUAUCAAACGAUGGCUAAACAACAUUCGCGAAGCUUGUCGAGAUCAAAUGGAAGUGUACCAUUAUCGCUACGAGCAGGAUUCGGACCCAAGGUUGGCCAACGUGGCGGUCUGAGGCUUGGCCAACCUCCCUCCUCCGCCACAAUGACAUUUCGACCAGCGAUAGAUACUGUAUAGGCCCUAAUAUUUUCACUCAUCACAAAGGGACGCUAAUCUGUAGCUUUAGUGGCCUGCUUGCCGAACACAUUCCUGGUCAGAAUUGUCACACUAGAAGUGUUUGUCGACAUGGACUUAGACUUACUUCAAAACAUGGUCAAAUACAAAACAUGGUCAAAUAGUUGCGCAGUCUUAUACAUUAAACGUAACAUCUGUUACAGCUGAUCAAUGUCUGAUUAAACCAUCAUGCAAAGGUAUAGUUAGUAUUUACAAAGUUUUGUAUAGUCUCUCCAGUCAUUAGUAGAGCAAACUGAAUAUUUGGUGACCUGAAGCACAUUGUGGUAAACCAGAGCAGUGUAACAUACAGUGCUGAUGAGUAAACGUGAGAGCACAUGAGAGGUGUAGUGGGGGGCGGGUCAAAAACAUAGUGACAUGUAGAAACCAGAGGGGCUGUCGGUAGCAUCGUGGUUAAGAAGCUGGGCUGGCAUGCAGUAGCCUGAAAAGUUGUGGGUUCAAUUCCCGGCACCCACCUUUUUGCCUCUGAGCUAGGCACCUAUCCCCAGGUUGCUCUGGGGCUAAUGUCAUCCCUUGUAAUAUAAUUGACAUAAGUUACCUUGGAUAAAAAGUGUCUGCUAAAUUAAUACAUGUAAAUGUAAACCAGUGCCAACAAAUCUCUAUGACAGGUGACAAAAUAUUAAGUUGCUUAGAAUGUUUUUGUAAUUGUUGUUGUCAUGACAGACCUUCCCAUGAAACAGUGUGAAAAAUUUGACAAAGUCCAACAGCUCUUUCAACUGCUCUAAGUUGUAAGCCUGCUGCAUCUAACGACUGUGUAUAUUCAA